AUGACGGUUGACCCUCCUAGCAAACCCCUAUUUAGCGAAACAGUAAAGAAGAAUUUCUCCCUAUCCCCUAAUCCUUCCUCACAAUCAGAUCCUUCUCCUCUUGAGGGUGAGGAUCUAUCGAGCCCAAUCAUCUUUAUUGCGGAAGCGAAGCAGCGAACCUAUUCUCAAUGGAAAUUCUCGGUAAUUGUCAAGCUUUUGGGGAAAAAGUUACAUCACCAAUACUUCAAAAAGAAGCUUAUUGAGUUAUGGAAAUUGAAAGAAGUUUUCCCCUUAAUUGACAUUUCACAGUCAAAUUUAAAGAACAAGAAUCACAGAAGAGGGUCAUGCAGGAGGGGCCUUGGUUUGUCGCUGGAGACUACCUCUCAGGUAGCUCACAGUCUGGGCAGACUCCUCAAAGUCGAUGCCUGUACCUCAUCCACUCUCAGAGCAUGCUAUGCACGUCUCUGUGUUCAAGUUCCACUGGAUACUCCUGUAAAAUCCUCAGUACUGAUAGACAGUCAUGCGCAAUCAAUACAUUACGAGGGGGAAAGUUUUCUCUGUAAACACUGUGACUGUUUGGGACAUACUGUGAAAAAUUGCCCCAAGGCGAUCCCCAAUUCAUCGGACUCCCUUCUAGAAGUCAAUAUUAAGACCAGCCCAAAUGGAGAAGAAUGGACAACGGUCAAUUUCAACCACCGGAAGAAGAACCGCCAAUCCUUUGGGACAAGGAGGUAA